AUGAAGUGGAUCGCGAUCGUUGGCGUGCUUUCUGCUGCUGGACUUGCUGUUGCGCGCGACCUGAACUGCUGGCCAGAUUCAGAUGCGUUGUACUUAUUCGGCUCGUCGCCCAACGCGAAGCAACACGAGCUCUUUAUGUUCAGCAGCCACCACAAGAUCGAUGGUCACCGCGGCCUCAUCAAGACAAACGAUACACGCCAGGAGUUUGUAUUUUACCAAUGCUCAGUAGCUUCAUCCAAGUACAAGAACGGAGGCCAGAUCAGGAGCAAGACGAACCCGAGCAUGUGUGUGACGCCUGGCGCAGUGCACCGCGAGGUCAACGGUGAACUGGAGCAGUACCCUGCCGAUGUAGACGAUCGCAUCAGCCUUCAGCCUUGUGCCACGGACCACAACUUGCUGCUCCGGAAGCAGUGGUUUACCAAAAACGCCUCGCCGAAAUCGUGCAUUUUUCAGGUUACGCACCAUGGCUGGAGUACGGACGCGCCCAGCGACGUAAUUGUUAUGUCGGAGAAUGGCGUCGCGCUGGGCUCGGAUGUUAACCCUGGUACAGUGCAGAGCAUGUUCCUCGGUCCCAAGAAGGG